AUGAGAGAGCCUGAAAUAAGUGAAGCUAAUGAGUUUCAAGGGGAUUGGGAUUUUGGACCCCUUUCUUAUCCUGAAAUUUUCGACUGCAGGCAUCCCAGCGUCUUUUCACAGGAGCUCCCCGAUGACGGAAGACCCUUGACCCACUCAACUCCUGAGGGCCCAAGCUCCUCUGACCGGAAGGAGAAGGGGGUUACAUUCUGA